AUGUCGUCAAAGUCGUAUAAGGACACGCUGCUGCUGCGCAACGUCAAGUACCGCGGCGCGCUGUACGACCGGUUCCCUAAGGUGUACAACGUGUACGUGGUGGCGAUGGUGUCGUGCAUCUCGGGGCUGAUGUUCGGGUUCGACAUCAGCUCCAUGUCAUCGAUGAUCGGGACUGACAAAUACAAGGAGUACUUCAGCAAUCCAGACUCGACGACGCAGGGUGGAAUCACGGCGUCGAUGUCCGGCGGGUCGCUGCUCGGGUCGCUGAUAUCGCCAAACUUCACGGACGCGUUCGGGCGGCGUGUGUCGCUGCACAUCUGUGCGGCGCUGUGGAUCGCGGGCGCGGUGCUGCAGUGCGCGUCGCAGAACCAGGGAAUGCUGAUUGUCGGGCGUGUGAUCAGCGGCAUGGGCGUCGGGUUCGGCUCGUCGGCCGCGCCCGUGUACUGCUCUGAGGUUGCGCCCCCCAACAUCCGCGGCACCGUGUGCGGCCUGUUCCAGUUCAGCGUCACCCUGGGCAUCAUGAUCAUGUUCUACAUCGGCUACGGCUGCCACUUCAUCGACGGAACGGCCUCGUUCCGCAUCACCUGGGGGCUGCAGAUGGUGCCCGGCUUCGCGCUGAUGCUGUUCACCUUCUUCCUACCCGAGUCGCCCCGGUGGCUUGCCAACCACGACCGCUGGGAGGAGGCCAGCGAGGUGGUCGCCCGCAUAGGCGCCAAGGGCAGCCUCGACAACCCACAGGUGCGCCUACAGCUCGAGGAGAUCCGCGAGCAGGUCAUCAUCGACCAGCAGGCCGCGCACUUUGGGUUCCGCCAGCUGUUCCGCAAGAAGACUAUUAACAAAACCAUUGUCGGCGUGUGCGCCCAGAUGUGGCAGCAGCUGUGCGGUAUGAACGUCAUGAUGUACUACAUCGUGUACAUCUUCCAGAUGGCCGGCUACUCGGGCAACACACUGUUGGUGUCCAGUUCUAUUCAGUACGUGCUGAACGUGGUGAUGACUAUCCCCGCCCUGCUCCUUGUCGAUAAAAUCGGCAGGAGGCCCGUCCUGAUGGUCGGCGGCGUCUUCAUGUUUAUCUGGCUGUUUGUCGUGGCAGGCUUGUUGGCAGACUACUCGGUCCCCGAGCCAGACGGGUUUGAGGGUGACGACACAGUGAGGAUCAGGAUCCCUGACAGUGAAAAGUCGGCUGCCAAGGGUGUAAUAGCUGCGUCCUACCUGUUCGUGUGCUCCUUCGCACCUUCCUGGGGUGUUGGUAUUUGGAUCUACUGUUCCGAGAUUUUCAACAACUUCGAAAGAGCUAGGGGAUCCGCUUUCUGUGCGUCCGUCAACUGGGCCUUUAACUUCGCCCUGGCAAUGUUUGUGCCUUCUGCCUUCAAGAACAUCACCUGGAAGACAUACAUUAUCUUUGGCGUGUUUUCCAUCGCCCUGACCAUUCAAACCUUCUUGAUGUUCCCGGAGACAAAGGGCAAGACACUGGAGGAAAUUGACCAAAUGUGGGCAGAUCACAUUCCUGCGUGGAAGACAGCCUCGUACGUGCCUGACGUUCCUGUUGUACAGGACGAAGAGGGCAACAAAUUGGGGCUGAUGGGGAGAUCUCAGCACGUUGAAAACUCGUCAAAUACUCCAGAAGAAAAGCCCAUGUUUGAGCAGCAGAGUAGUGCUGAUAACAGUCUCACGCGCGCCGAAUCGUAA